UAUAUAUAUAUAUAUUUAUUUUUUUUAAAAUUUAUUUAUUUAUUUUUUAUUUUAUUUAUUUAUUUUUUCCUGGUGAUAUUUCCCCACUAAGCAGCAGUCCUGAAGCGCGCACUAGGAACCAUGGGGUGUACAGUCAGUCAGGAGGAUAAAGCCGCGGCCGAGAGGUCUAAAAUGAUUGAUAAAAACCUGAGAGAAGAUGGAGAGAAGGCGGCGAGAGAAGUGAAACUGCUGCUGCUGGGUGCUGGAGAGUCGGGGAAGAGCACCAUUGUGAAGCAGAUGAAGAUUAUCCACGAGGAUGGAUACUCAGAAGAUGAGUGCAAGCAGUACAGAGCCGUUGUCUACAGCAACACAAUCCAGUCCAUUAUGGCCAUCAUCAAAGCCAUGGCCAACCUGAAGAUCGACUAUGAGGAAGCUACUAGAGCGGACGAUGCCCGCCAGCUGUUUGCCCUUUCAGCAGCAGCAGAGGAGCAGGGCAUCCUGCCAGAAGAUCUGUCCAACGUCAUCCAACGACUGUGGGCUGACGGCGGCGUCCAGAGCUGCUUCACACGGGCCAGAGAGUACCAGCUCAAUGACUCCGCGGCUUACUACCUAAAUGACCUGGAGAGGAUAGGCAAGCCAGAUUACAUCCCCACACAGCAAGAUGUGCUGCGGACCCGAGUGAAGACCACCGGCAUUGUGGAAACGCAUUUCACCUUCAAGGACCUGCACUUCAAGAUGUUUGAUGUUGGAGGCCAGCGGUCAGAAAGGAAGAAGUGGAUCCACUGCUUCGAGGGAGUCACAGCUAUCAUCUUCUGUGUAGCCAUGAGUGCUUACGACCUGGUCCUGGCUGAGGACGAGGAGAUGAACCGGAUGCAUGAGAGCAUGAAGCUGUUUGACUCCAUCUGCAACAACAAGUGGUUCACUGAGACGUCCAUCAUCCUGUUCCUCAACAAGAAGGACCUGUUUGAGGAGAAGAUCGCCCACAGCCCUCUGACCAUCUGCUUCCCCGAGUACAAUGGACCUAACAAGUACGAGGAGGCCCAGGCUUACAUCCAGACCAAAUUCGAGGACCUGAACAAGAAGAAGGACACCAAGGAAAUCUACACCCACUUCACCUGCGCCACCGACACCAAGAACGUGCAGUUUGUGUUCGACGCUGUCACUGACGUCAUCAUCAAGAACAACCUGAAGGACUGUGGCCUCUUCUAAAAGCAUGUCUGAGAACGAGUCAAGAUUACUUGAAGAGUUCUGAUGACCAUAAAGAUAGGGGGAAUAUACACACAUCAUCAAUGACUGCACUGGCCAACCACGAUUUCUGCUUUGAUCAGCUUUUUAUAAAGACACCUCACAGACUGAAAACCCGACGAGCCUCGCAGAAUUUCAAUAAAUGUCGCUCGUAUCGUUAACUCUUUGGGCUAUGACCACAAAAAUCCACAUUUAUUAUUGUAUUUUGGUUCUUUUUUCUUCUUCUUUAUUUUCAAUUACUAGAGGGAGGCAAAGGAAAACUUUUUUUUAUAUAAAUGCAUUCAUUUUACUUUUAGAAAUUCUGAUGUGCAAAUUAUUAAACCUUUAAUCACAUGAAGCUUAUUUUUUAAAAGAUGAAGCACAGGCAUGGACAUAAAAUAUGAUUGAUAAAGGAAAGUGCUUUUUUUUUUUUUUUAAAUAAUGUUUACAUAAGUUCAUCAUUCAUAGCCAAACUGUGUAUUGUUCUGCAUGACUCAAUAUGACAAAUAUUAGCUCUGUAAUCUGCACAAAUUAUCUAACAUUCCUACAAAAUGAAAAUAAAAAAUGUUAAAAUGUUGAAAAGGAAAAAAAAAAAAAAGCUUCACAUGCAGGGAAAAUGAUGGCAAAAUCCUAACUGAUAUUUAAAGUAUGUGUGUACCUAACAUUCUGUCACUUUUUAUAGUAUCAUUUCCAUGUCUGUUGCAGUAUGUUUGUGCCUCGACUUCUGUUUACAACCGAUUCCUAGAUAUGCUUUCAGUACGCCUAUAUUUUUCUUGCAUUUUCUGCCUAGCACCUAUGAAUAUAUAGUGAUUAUUAAUGAGAGACGAAAAUCUAAUUCAGAAAAAGGUUAGUGUUUUUGGUAAAUAUUAAAAUGCUUCAAAAAGUCUGAUAUGAUUUAAUUUAAAUAAAAGUAGAGAUCACCUGA